CACGAGCCGGCAAAGAUCGCGCAGCCCGCAGCCGCCGGCGUCGAGGUGCCGGAUCGCGCGACCCAGCUCCACCACCACCACCCGUCACCAUGUCCAGUGAGGAGCUGGCUCGCAAGCUGCAGCGCCGGUUGAGACUAGAGGCGUUGACAGAGACCGAUCAGGGUGCCCCCCAGGCUACACCCUGCGCUGCCCCAGCAGGGAACCAGGAGCCCGAACCGCCUGUCCGGGCACCCUUGGCCAGCGCGGAUUCUGAGCUGAGCGCCAAGCUGAGCCGCAGACUCGACAUCCACCAGGGCAUAGUGCGGUCCCGCCGCAGCAAGGUCUUCAACCCCUACACCGACUUCCCGGAGUUCAGCCGUCGCCUCCUCAAGGAUCUGGAGAGCAUGUUUAAAACGUAUGACGCUGGAAGGGAUGGUUUUAUCGACCUGAUGGAGCUGAAGCUCAUGAUGGAGAAGCUGGGGGCUCCCCAGACCCACCUGGGCCUGAAGAGUAUGAUCAAAGAGGUGGAUGAGGACUUCGAUGGCAAGCUCAGCUUCCGGGAGUUCCUGCUCAUUUUUCACAAGGCUGCCGCCGGUGAGCUGCAGGAGGACAGUGGGCUGCUGGCAUUGGCCAAGCUCUCUGAGAUCGAUGUUGCCCUGGAGGGCGUCCGAGGUGCCAAGAACUUCUUCGAAGCCAAGGCCCAGGCCUUGUCAUGCUCCAGUAAAUUUGAAGCUGAGUUAAAAGCUGAGCAAGAAGAGCGGAAACGGGAGGAGGAGACCAGGAGGCUCCGCCAGGCAGCCUUCCGGGAGCUCAAGGCUGCUUUCAGCGCCUAGACCUGCUGACCUGACCUAUGACCACCGCUGUGCCUUACUGACGCCCUGGAGGAAAUGACCAGAAUUUUCACAUUUU